GCAAGCAUGAGAAGCAGACUGGGAGAGAGGCGACACCAGAGUCCGUCCUCAGAUGGGGAUGGAAGGUCCUUCUUUCUAGGAGGCUGUAUGGCCAGUUGCCUUAAAGGGGCGCAUGUUUCCAGAGAAAGAACUGGUGGCACAGCAGUCCUGAAGACCUAGGACUGGGCAGGAGGUGGACCCAGGAGGCCAUGGGGUCACUGUGGAGGGGCUUUGCACUGUGGAGGCUGGGGCUGAGGACCCGCAAAAGGACAAUCCUGCUGCUGGCCCUCUUCUGGUUUGGAACGUGGAUGUUCUUCAGUGGUGUGGUCUUUGUGCACAAGACAAUGUUCUCUGACCUCUGCACAGAUAAAAAGAGCAAGCAGAUUCUGCAGGGAGUGUGUGAGGAGUACGGGCAUGGCGUCCUGGCGGGGGACCUGUGUGAGGAGCUGUGCGUGAGCCACAGGGUGGAGUACAGACGCUGCCUGUACUACGAGCACGGCAAGAAGGUGAUGCAGGCCGACUGGCGGGGAGUGCCCAUCGUGCUGAAGUCCAAGCUGGAGAACUUCUCCUCCUACGAGGCUUUGGGUCCACUGGACUACCAGGAGGGAGCCAGCCCGUCGCCCUGGGACGCGGUCCUGUACGCCACGCUGGAGAUCAGGAGCUCCCUGGGGCUGGAGCUGGGGGGCGCCGGGGAGGCGCUCCCGGGGGGGUUCCCGCGGGCCUCCACCCGGGCCGAGCUGGCCUCCCUCUGGUCCCUGCUCCAGCAGGAGGAGUACACCUUCUUCAGGACGCUGCAGGACCUCAGCCGGCACGUGGUGAAGGUGCUGGGCUCCUGCGGGCACUUCUACGCCGUGGAGUACCUCGUCGCCGGCCGGGGCUGGAGCCAGAACCUCUUCUCACAGGAGGCACUGCUGGGCCUGGAGGGGGGUGCCGACGGCAGGUCGGGGAGGGACAUCGUGUUCCGGAUUGCCCUCAGCUUCCUUGACAUGGUGCGGCACUUUGAGAGCGACUUUCCCCACCGCCUACACCUCUGCGACAUCAAGCCUGAAAAUUUUGGGGUCCGGGGGGACCUCACGGUUGUGGCCAUCGAUGUUGACAUGGCUUUCUUUGAGCCCAAAAUGCAGAACAUUCUAGAGCAGACCUGCUCCAGCGACGAAGACUGCAACUUCUUUGACUGCAUUUCCAAAUGCGACAUGAAGGAAAACAAAUGCAGCUCUGAACGAGUGAACAGCAACUUGCAGGUGAUCUGCGACAAAAUCUUUAGACACUGGUUCCGUCCUUUGCUUCCAGUUUCCAGGGUGGAGCUCCCCCUAGAGGUGGAAUUGCAGCGUGCGGUGCAGGAUUGUGCAGAAAUGGAUGUCGCCAAUGGUGUACACGCUCAAACUGUUCAUCUCCACCUCCAAAGCCUUCUAUCCCAGCUCCUGCAAAACGUCUCAGGACAGACGACAGGUUAUGCCCGCUGAGCUAUAAAAUACUAACACCAGCUAUCCGGUGCCUUCUGCUGAGUAUAGGAGUAUAGUAUAAGAUUGUGUUGAAUGCCAAUGUCUGCAUUGCCAGUUGAACAUUGGUUGGUGAAACGAUUAAGUCUUUUGGCAAGGCAAAUAAAAACAAUGUUCAGGAAUUUACUUUGAUCGAUUUAUCUCUGUUGUUUGGACUGGACUCUGGCCCUAAAGUGCCGCUUGCUGUUGUCUUUGGUUACAGGUGGGAAUAGCUGUAAUCUCUGUACCACACUGAAUGCACAUUUCUGCAUAACCUCAUGUUCUCCACACUGAUUUUUUGUGCUGUUCUACAUGCACAUAGACUCAUAACUCAUAAGCAUAAAGAAAAAGGAAUUAUGAGUUAGAAAGAGAAGCACAAAAACAUUGAAAAUGAAGACAAUGAGAGCAUAACCUCGUUUAUGCGUGUAGGUAAAUGCACUUUGUGAAUUAAAUGCAUGAUUGUGCAUCAUGUGAAUGGCUCCUCUGAACCCUAGCAUCACCUGAAUCAUUUUAGCCCAAGGCUCAGUGCUUCUUUCCUGCUUUGACUCUUUAAUCCUGCUGGAGACCGGUCUUUCUCUAUUCGGGUCAACAGUAUCACAAGACAGGAAAGGCCUCUCCCAUUUGGAAAGGCAAAAUGUGUGAAAUAAUGGCUAUAAUUUGUGGUACAUCUUAGGGUCUUGAAUCUCCUCAUCAUGUUUGUCAGUAAUACACUUUGAAAACGGA